UUUUUUUGUUAAAGUGGAUGCUAGGCAGGAUAGGUUCACUGUGGGUGGAAUCAAAGAUCAGUGCGUUUCUGGAGAAAGGGAAUGUACUACACUCAGUCCCAUGGAAUUUCAACUUCCUACUCUUAGAAAACCCAUUCCAUACAGAGUUGUCUGCAACAAGCUCUCCUGUCAUGGAUGAGCUCUCCAUCUGCAACAGGGGCUAGCAAGUCCUUGCCUACUCCAAACUGGAGAGUCUCCACUGUGCAGGGCAUAGACAGUUCUGAGAAAUGAGCUGCCCCUCAGGUACCUGGCCCAGUAUUGCUGACGUUCCUGGGAGCACAAGUUUAAAACCACUGCUCUAGUCUGCAUUUUGCUGAUAACUAUUAUUUAAACAGGAAAAAGAGACUGGUGAAAAGACAGAAAGGCUGCAGAGUUUGUGGCCAGGUGCUGUGAAUGCAGGAAAGCAUGCCAUUGGCUGAGAGCAGAAUCGAGCACCCUGAGCACAUCAGCUGCAUUUGUCAAAAGAAAGGAGGUGCCUUCCAACCCAUCUGGCUAGUGUGUGGCCAAAGACCCAAGGAAGUGAAUUGCUUGUCUGGAUGGGAAAGAAGUUGCUAGCCAAGUUUUUCAGGGAUCAGUCUAGGAGCCUGUUUUAGUCAGUGUUUUUCCUUGGAAGAAAAGGGGGAGGAGUGUCCCUCUGAUAUUUGCACGUACCUAGCAAGGAAGUGUUGUUAAUACAGAAAAGGCAUUGUUCCACCCAGCAAACUGGGUGAUCUUCUGAACUACGAAGUGACAUUCAGCCGUGUCUAGCGUCAGGUUAUGUGUUUGGGGGCAAACAGUGACUGUUUUUACAACUGGGUAAAGGUAAAGGGACCCCUGACCAUUAGGUCCAGUCGUGACCGACUCUGGGGUUGCGGCGCUCAUCUCAUGUUAUUGGCCAAGGGAGCCGGCGUACAGCUUCCAGGUCAUGUGGCCAGCAUGACAAAGCUGCUUCGGCAAGCCCUAGGCUCAGUGGUUUAACCCACAGCGCCACCUGCGUCCAACUGGUUGCAAAAUAGCAAAAGAGGGAAGUGUGCUUCCCUCUAGUACUAGUUCAUCACAAAACAUCUGGGAGCUGCUCAGACGUGACAAGGCAAAGUUUUGGAUAUAUCAGCAUCUGUCAAAAUGUCUGAAAACUCCAGUGACAGUGAUUCAUCUUGUGGCUGGACGGUCAUCAAUCAUGAGGGCUCUGAUGUUGAGGCUGUAGCAUCUGAAUAUGAAGCUUUAAGUGGUCAUGUGGAGCCAGCCUUGGAUGAAUCUCCAUCUCUCGCACAAGGUGAUGAUGAGCAAGAGCAGCCCAUCGACUUGCAAACUGAAUUUGGCCAGGCUGAUGUGUCAUCCAUGGUAGUUCAAAGUCAUUUUACCUCAGAGGCCACCAAGCCAGUUCCGGAGGAUGAAAAAGAGAAAGUGACAGAUGAAAGCUCCUGCGUGGGGGCAAUUAGUGAUGACUCUGACAUUGUGACACUCGAGACACCGAAAGUAGAAGAAAUUGGAAGCCCAGAAGAAGAAGAAGCUGUGCCUGCUGAUCAGGCUGUUCCUGCUCCUGAAGUUUUUAACAUGGGCUCCUCUUCGAGCAGCCAGUACACCUUCUGCCAGCCAGAAACAGCCAGUUGGCUGGAGAAGCUCCGGAAGAUCCCAGAGUGUAUCAGUGGAUGGGUCUUUCUGCCUCAUCCCAGUGGCGAAGAAUCAAGCAGCGACGAAACCAGCAAUCGUUCUAGCCCCACCCUGAGGCGACGACGUGCGAAGAAGAGGUUGGUCUCAAGUUCUGAAUCAGAGGAUGUGCCACCUCUUGAACAGGAGACCGAACAGGCCAAAGAGCAUUCGCACAAACAUCAGUUCAGUAGUGGCCUUAAUAGGUGCAUUAUCCUGGCACUGGUGAUUGCUGUCAGCAUGGGCUUCGGGCAUUUUUAUGAUAAAAGAGAAAAUUUUCUGUUUCAAGGUACUGUUCAGAUCCAAGAACGCCAGCAAUUGGUUGAGAAAACUCAUGAAGAUGAACUGAAUGGUAUAAAGGAUAAUCUUAUUCAGUGCCAACAAGAACAAGGCAUGAAAGCAGAAUGUAAGUCUCUAAAGGAAGGCCUUGAAAUGUGCUUGCAUACAACAGAAGUGGAAAAGAAAUCCUUUGAAUCUCAGAAGCAUCAUCUUGCUUCAGAAAACCAGCACCUGAGAGAAUCUCUAGAGAGGGAGGAAAAAGCUUUGGCAUUGCUGCAAGAAGAACUGAGAAAGCUGAGAGAGCAGAUUCGGCACCUGGAGAACAAAGGUUCUGGCCCAGAGUUGGUUGCCACCGAGAAUCAGAAGCUGAAAGCCCACCUGGAGGAGGAAAGGCAUCGCGUGCAGAGUUUUGUGAAGCAAAAGGAGACUCUGUUGGCAGAGGCCCAGAUGCUGCGAAGGGAACUGGACAAAGAGCGCCAGCUGACAGUGGCUCUCAGGGAAGAACUGGACAAGUUAAGUUCUCAGCAGGCGUCUCCUGAGGGGGCGGGUGCUGGCGAUGAGAGCCAAGAAAUAGAAGCUUUGCGGGGAAGGCUGACAGCGCUGGAGGAGAAGCUGAGCUUUGAGCAGCAGCGUUCUGAUUUGUGGGAAAAGCUGUAUGUUGAAGUCAAGGACCACGUCGAGAAGAAAGAGCAGACUGAGAGGCCGCAGAAGCCAGAUGGGAAAGGAACCAACAAAGCCAAAAGGAAGCCAAAAGGAACAUUUUUUGGUUCUGUGAAAGAAACUUUUGAUGCCAUGAAAAAUUCAACCAAGGAAUUUGUCCGACACCACAAAGAGAAAAUUAAACAGGCCAAAGAAGCCGUGAAAGAGAACUUGAGGAAAUUCUCAGAUUCUGUGAAGUCCACCUUCAGGCACUUUAAGGACACAACAAAGAAUAUAUUUGAUGAAAGGGAGAAGAAAAAGUACAGUGACAGCAGGCAUGAGGCGAACAAAAAAGGGAAAACAGGCAGCUCCCAGGAAGGGUUACACAAGCCUGAGGCCCACCGCUCACCUGGCAGCCAGAGAGAGUUUAGAGAUGGAAGGCGAUCCAAAGAGAGCCGUUCCCCUCCGCACUUCCCCAAGGAUCCUCCCUUCCAGGAAUGCCCCAAAGGUAACAGAAAGCAUCGCCCUCUUGUUCUCAAGGGAUGUUCAGGCAUCUUUGACUGUGCCCACCAGGAGUUUGUGAACCUCUUUGACAAAGACUUGGACCCAAUUCGGGCAGAUGAAUUUAAUCAAUUAAUGCACAAAUAUUUGCAGCAAGAAGUAAAGAACUUCCACCACUGGCGAGAACUGGAGAUCUUUGUGAAUAGGUUUUUCCGUAAUGGCGUCUUUAUACAUGAUCAGAUGCUGUUCACGGACUUUGUUAAUGAUGUUAAGGAUUACCUUGAAGACAUAAAAGAAUACCAGAGGAACAGUGAUGGUGUAUUUGAAGACCUGGAUAAAUAUAUCUACCGAUACUACUUUCAUUAUGAUCACUUGCCUCAGCACAGGCCAAGCCACCCUGCUAGGCGGGCUCCUUUCACGCACCCUCAUAGUCCACAGCAGGACAGACAUGCUGCAAAGCACCAGCAUCGCUACAAAAGAGAAGGCCGGUGGCACAAGCAAGGGCGCAGCAACGGAAGACACAUGGCAAAUUUGGAGAUAGAAUUGGGCCAGAUGCCCUUUGAUCCAAAGUAUUAAACAGCUGUUGUCCGAUGGAAGCCAGCAGGAUGGUAAAAAUAGUGGAGUGGCUGUUUCUGCAGCUGGCUGAGGCUUUCGGCAGAGCAAUCGAGGGCACGUUUCCCCUUCCCUAAUGACACUCCCUCCCCCCUGCAAAGAUCAGCCCAGCUUCUCCAUCUUUCUCCUUUCCUUUCAGCCUUCUUGGGAAACAUUAAUUUGGGUGCAGUCCUACUAUUGCAAUAAAUUAAGCAGGGUAAGCAGUAGCUUGUGUGUGCUUGCAAAAUAAGCUUCUUUGCACUGGUUGGUACUAGAAUUCAUACUUGAUUCAGACUUAAUGUUAGAGUAAUAUUAUGAUGUACUAAUUUCAUCUCAUACUGUUCAGAAGCAUGUCUGUUUUACAACUGUCUAUUUGUUCUUGUGAUGGGGUUGGAACCUGUUGACUUCAUGUGUGUGUGCUAUUUUCUGAUCAGCUUGCUGACUUGCAUUUGAAAUUUCUUGUGCAUCUGCAAAUUGUAGAAGAAAAAUAAAGAUGUGGUUGGAAAAA